ACCGCCGGACAUCUCGAUUGCGAUCAGGAUAGCCGGCGAAAGCAAGCACUCACGAUGGGACGGAAAAAGAUACAGAUUUCCAGGAUAACGGACGAACGGAACCGACAGGUGACUUUCAACAAGCGCAAGUUUGGCGUGAUGAAGAAGGCGUACGAAUUGUCCGUGCUGUGCGAUUGCGAGAUUGCACUGAUCAUCUUCAGCAGCAGCAACAAGCUAUAUCAGUACGCCAGCACGGACAUGGACAAGGUGUUGCUGAAGUACACGGAAUACAACGAGCCGCACGAGUCGCUGACGAACAAGAACAUCAUUGAGUUGCAGGUAAACGCGCAGAAAGAAAACAAAAAUGGCACCAUGUCACCGGACUCGCCGGAACCGGAGGACAGCUACACGCUAACGCCACGCACCGAGGCCAAGUACAACAAAAUCGACGAGGACUUUCAAAUCAUGAUGCAGCGGAACCAACAGCUGACGGCGGGCGGUGCUCGACCCAAUAUGGCCACGAACAGCUACUCGUUGCCGGUAUCGGUACCGGUAUCCGUUCCCGUGAUCGGCACGUACAACGACUCGAUGCUGCAGAGCAGUCCACAGAUGGCACACAAUAGUAUUAGUCCACGGCCCUCCAGCUCCGAGACGGAUUCUGUGUAUCCUUCCGGUGGUAUAUUAGAAAUGUCGAACGGCUAUCCACAUUCUGCGUCGCCCCUCGGCGGAUCACCCAGUCCCGGCCCGAGUCCAGGUAUUGGCUCUCAUCAGGCGCAUAACAAUAACAAUAACACCCAUAACACGCAUAACAAAAAGUUCCAUUUCGAUAAUGCAGUGCAAACGAUAAAACAGAGUCCGUCAGGUGGUAGCGGCAGUUCCGGAUCACGGUCGACAAACCUGCGAGUAGUGAUACCGACCCCGAUGAACCCGACCAUUACUGCAGAUGACAUCUCGUACGUGGAACAUUCGCGGCAGCAAACGAAUUUAAAUACACCGGUAGUGGCACUGCAGACACCGAUACCGGGACUUACGAACUAUACUACCACGCUUGGCUCAUUCGGUGCACAGGACUUCUCGCUCAACACGGACAUAAUGAUCGGACCGUGGGGUGCGGCAUCAAGCCAUAGCCAAAACACGUCUGCCGCGGCCGCAGCAGCUGCCAUGGGCAGUCUUCAGCACUCGAGAAUACUUUUCAGCGGUUUGCCCCAUCUAGCUGUGUCGAACAGUACUCCGCCGCCAUCAACUUCGCCGCUGUCGGUGAAGAUUAAGGCCGAACCGAUCUCACCGCCCCGGGACCACCACAACACGUCACAUCAUCACGGUGUGCCUGGCGGUGGUGUCGGUACCUCAGCGACCGGUGGAUCAACAACCGGUGCAAAUGGCGUCCAGUCGGCGGGAGCAUCUGCCAGCAGCAGCAGCAGUGUCAAUGCGACCGGCAACAGUAAUAACGGCAGUAGCAACAGCAGCAGCCAACAGAAUGGUGGUGCCCAGCAACUAACUGCGAUGGGCAAUGUGGUUGUGAGUGGUGGAGGUGGGGGAGCCGGUGCAAGCUCACUUGGGGCCAAUCUUAACCAUAGCCACCUGAUACAUUCACGACCUUCUUCAACCGGCCACCUAACACCGACACCGGACUCUUAUAUGCCUCUUGGUGGGCACCUGACAGGUUCCGUGACGCCAACGAACGCACCCUCGCCGGUGGACAUCCGACAUCUCAGCACGGGCGGUAGCCACCUUCCGGAAUAUGAUGCACCCUCUUCACAGGCGCAUAAAAGACCAAGAAUAUCGGAGGGCUGGGCCACAUAG